AUGAACCGAAGUCUGAGUAGUUUUUUAUUCGCCAGGACCGUCAAGCAUGGACGAAGAGCCUUGGCUUCUCAAUUGCGGCCCAAUUUGGACUUUGACUACCUUCUCGACAAGGCAAAUGCUGAAGCGAUCCGGAAGAACAUUGCCCUGCGAAAAGGCGUCGGGGACCCGGAGCCCAUGUAUCAAGCAUGGGAAAAGAUCGAGCGCAUAAUGGAGGAGCGUGGCCAGUCUAAGAUCACCGAAGAGGAAUACCAGAGAUUAUGGGAUGAGCUUUACGAAGCGGCCCUGCUAAUCCCCAAUACUUCUCACGCGACGUCACCGGCGGGUGACGAAUCGAAAAACCAGGUGGUGGACGAAUGGGGCGAAACAAUUCAGAUUAAGGAGCCAAAGACAAUUGAACAUCUCGUCAAAAAAUGGGGAUCGCUUUUCUUUCCGAAAGAGGCUUGUGGGGAGAGAAGCUAUACGCUCGUUGGCCCACUUGCACGAUUGGAGCGGAAUUUGCUGGACUAUGCCUACAAGACGGUGAUCGGGCGUGGAUUUAGCCCGGUCGUAAUCUCAGAUCUCGUCGCCCAAAGCGUGACCAAGGCGUGUGGCGUCCAACAGAAGGAAGGUGCCCACCCCAUGCAGUACCGAUUAUUGGGCGAAGAAGGGAAUGUUUUAUCUGGAACGGCCGAGAUGGGUAUUGCUGCCAUGUUGAGGAAUAGGACGUUCAAAACAUCUGAGUUACCGAUCCGUCUUGUCUCCCAGUCAAGGUGCUAUCGCCCGGAAAUCAGUCGUUCUGCAGCCGAAGCAAAGCUCUACAGAGUGCAUGAAUUUACAAAGGUUGAGAUGUUCGUCGUAUGUGCCCCGGAGAACAGCGAUUCCGAACUUGAGAAUAUUGUCUCCAUCCAAAAGGAUAUUUUCAAGAAAUUCAAGAACAUCAAGGCUCGACUAGUAAACAUGGCGACCGAGGAACUUGGCGCGUCAGCGCAUCGUAAAUUCGAUAUUGAAGCCUGGAUGCCCGGGCGAAAGUUGUGGGGAGAGUUUCUUGGA